CCUCUCAUUUAACAACAUAACCAUAAUUUCUUAACCAAACAAACAAAAAGAAAAGCUUUUUUCUCCCUGAGAAACAAUAGUUUAUUACCGGACUACUUCGAAGCUCUUUUUUUUGUCGGUACAACGUAAAGAAGAGAAAGCAAAAUCAAAUGAGGAGAGUUAGCUGGUCUACUGUUUUGAUCGUGGUGAUGAUGGUGUCAUUGUUGGUAGUAGAACACGUGGUGCUCCCGGCAGAGGCAGGGAGGGUUCUAACGGAGAAAUUGGGAGACGGAAGAGCGACGGUGAUAAGAGUGGAGAAGAUGAAGUCGACGGUGGAUUACUGGUUUCAGCGUUUGGCUUCGGGUCCGAGUCCAAGUGGUCGCGGCCAUUAAACUAGUUUUUUUUUUCUAGCUGGAGGUGAUCCAUUAGCGUCGAUAUGACAUGAUUACCAAAAACAAAACCGUCAAAAACUGUAUCACAUUCAUUUAUUUUAUUUUUUCAUUUUUUCUUCUUUUCAUCCUGUAGGGAAAAAUUUCAAAUAUAGUGGCAAAAACUAAACCAUCGUUAUACAUGUACAUAACUUAACUGUUGUUGGUUGUUAAUUUCAAUAAGAUUUUAUAAUCGUUUUUUU